CAGAUAUGGCGGAUGCAGUGGACGACAAGCUAUACAGAGCUGAAUAUGCAAAAAGUGGACGUGCAUCUUGCAAGAAAUGCAAGGAAAACAUUGCGAAGGACUCGCUACGAAUGGCCAUUAUGGUGCAGUCUCCCAUGUUUGAUGGUAAAGUGCCUCAUUGGCAUCACUUCUCUUGCUUCUGGCUCCGGGCAUCUGUCCAGUCCUCCAGUGACAUCGCUGGAUUUUCAGACCUCCGCUGGGAGGAUCAAGAGAAGGUUAAGAAAGCCAUUGAGGGUGGAGGUGCAACAGGAGGAAAAGGGGGCCCGAAAGCAGGAGCUAAAGGGGAGAAGACCCUGAAUGACUUUGCAGUGGAGUACGCUAAAUCCAACAGGAGCACCUGUAAGGGCUGUGAGCAGAAAAUUGAGAAGGACCAGAUCCGAGUGUCCAAGAAGGCUGUGGACCCAGAGAAGCCUCAGCUGGGUCUGAUAGACCGUUGGUACCACAUGGGCUGUUUUGUGAGUCGUCGGGAGGAGCUGGCCUUUAAGCCCGAGUACAGCGCUGCUCAACUCAAAGGCUUCGCUGCUCUGCGGGCUGAGGACAAAGAGGAGUUAAAGAAAAGACUGCCUGCUGUCAAGAGUGAAGGGAAGCGUAAGGCAGAUGAAGUUGAUGGAGAAGCAGUGUCUAAGAAACAGAAGAAAGAGGAUGAAGAGCAGAAACGCCUGGAGGCACAGCUGAAGGAGCAGAGCCAACUGAUCUGGGGAAUUAAAGACAAACUGAAGAAAUUUUGCUCGAUCAAUGACAUGAAAGAGCUGCUCAUCGCUAAUGGGCAGGAGGUGCCUUCCGGAGAGUCCAACAUUGUGGAUAGUCUAUCAGACUGCAUGGCCUUUGGAGCUUUGAAACGUUGCGAAACAUGCAAAGGGCAGUUGGUGUUUAAGAGUGAUGCCUACUACUGCACUGGAGACAUUUCUGCUUGGACCAAGUGUGUCUUCAAAACCCAGAAGCCUGACCGUAAAGACUGGGUCACUCCAAAAGAGUUUCACGAGGUCCCCUUCCUAAAGAAGUUUAAGUUCAAGCGACAAGACCGUGUGUUCCCCAAAGCUGCUCCCCCUCCCCCAACCACCACCAGUGCUGCUGCUGCUCCCAGUGCCUCCAGUGCUCCCAGCAAAGCCUUACCUGAGUCUGCACCUGCAGCAGAUAAACCACUUACUGGACUUAAGCUGCUGGCACUGGGAAAGCUUACAAAGAACAAAGAUGAGCUCAAAGCUGCGGUGGAGGAGCUGGGAGGCAAAAUCACAGGCACUGCCAGCAAGGCAACUCUCUGUCUCAGCACCAAAAAGGAGGUUGAGAAGAUGAGCAAGAAGAUGGAGGAGGUGAAAGAGGCUGGUGUACGUGUUGUGUCUGAGGAGUUCCUCACUGACAUCAAGUCCUCCGGCAAGGCCCUUCAAGAGCUCAUUUCUCUGCACGGCAUCUCUCCCUGGGGGGCUGAGGUCAAAGUCGAGGCCCAGGCUGCAUCUGUGGCCUCCAAAUCCACUGGAGCCACUGCCUCAAAGAGCGCAGGCAGAGUCAAGGAGGAGGAAGGUGGCAACAAAUCCAAGAAAAUGAAACUGACUGUCAAGGGAGGGGCAGCCGUCGAUCCAGAUUCAGGUCUGGAGAACUGUGCUCAUGUGUUAGAGCAAAACGGUAAAAUAUUCAGUGCCACGCUGGGUCUGGUGGACAUCGUCAGGGGAACAAACUCCUAUUACAAGCUCCAGCUACUGGAGGAUGAUGUACAGAAACGGUACUGGGUCUUCAGAUCCUGGGGUCGUGUGGGCACCACGAUUGGAGGAAACAAACUCGACAAGUUUUUUGACAAAGCCUCUGCCAUGGAUAACUUCUGUACUGUGUAUGCGGAGAAGACGGGGAAUACAUGGGAUACCACUGUUUUCACCAAAUACCCCAACAAAUUUUACCCCUUAGAAAUCGACUAUGGACAGGAUGAGGAAGCUGUGAAGAAGCUUACGGCCAGUGCUGGUACUAAAUCUCAGCUGGCCAAACCAGUCCAAGAGCUCAUCAGAAUGAUCUUUGAUGUGGAGAGCAUGAAGAAGGCCAUGGUGGAGUUUGAGAUUGACCUUCAGAAGAUGCCUUUGGGGAAGCUGAGUAAGAGACAGAUCCAGAGUGCCUACGCCCUCCUGAGUGAAGUGCAACAGGCUGUGUCUGACCAUGCGUCAGAAUCCACCAUCUUAGACCUGUCCAAUCGCUUCUACACACUCAUACCUCAUGAUUUUGGUAUGAAGAAGCCCCCACUGCUGAGUAACCUGGACUACAUACAGGCUAAAGUCCAGAUGCUGGAUAACCUUUUGGACAUUGAGGUGGCCUACAGCCUGUUGCGUGGUGGAGUUGAAGAUAACAAGAAGGAUCCAAUUGACAUCAACUAUGAGAAGCUCAAGACUCAGAUAGAGGUGGUCGAUAAAGCAUCGGAGGAGGCUGAGAUCAUUCGGCAGUAUGUGAAAAACACUCAUGCUGCUACCCAUAAUACUUACACACUGGAGGUCGAUGAGAUCUUUAAGGUUGUGAGAGAGGGCGAGUACCAGCGUUACCGCCCCUUCAAAGACCUGCACAACCGCCAGCUCCUGUGGCACGGCUCCCGAACCACCAACUUUGCUGGCAUCCUGUCUCAGGGUUUACGUAUAGCACCACCCGAAGCCCCAGUGACCGGUUACAUGUUUGGCAAAGGUGUAUACUUUGCUGACAUGGUAUCCAAGAGUGCCAACUACUGUCACACAUCCCAGGCUGAUCCUGUAGGCCUGAUCCUUCUUGCAGAGGUUGCUCUUGGCAAUAUGCAUGAACUGAAGAAAGCCACUCACAUUACAAAAUUACCAAAGGGCAAACACAGUGUGAAAGGUAUGGGAAGAACUGCUCCAAAUCCAACUGCCACUGUUAACCUAGAUGGUGUGGAAGUUCCCUUGGGCAAAGGCACCAGUACAAACAUUGAAGAUACAAGUCUGCUUUACAACGAGUAUAUUGUGUAUGAUGUUGCUCAGGUGAACCUGAAAUACCUUUUGAAGAUUCGCUUCAACUACCAAACAUCACUUUGGUGAGACCACCACUGGCUGAUGAGGGUCCAUCCAACUGUAUCCCGGACAGCACCACUGGCUUACCGCAUGGCUGAGCACCCAAGACCAAGAAGCCACAAAACUUCCCAAACAUAAAAAACACAAAACUGUAGUUAAUUAUCAGCAGCUUGCUCUCAGCUACUUUAGAAUAAGAAGAUGGAGUAGCUGACUGUAAUUUUUGAGCUCUCAUAAUGUUUUUUUUUCCACACUUGACAGUAGUUUCUGCUUAUACAAUGAAACAGGAGUUGGGUCUGAGUUUGUGCUUGAAGUGGCUUGGUUCAUUUACCUGUGGAGCUACCCUGAGUAGUGGGUGGUGUUAUCUUCCAUUGGUUAAAUAGGUCUGUGUGCAGUCUUGCAUGCAGUUGAUGAAAGAGAGGGAUUCACACGAUCCUUGGACUAUCUGAACCUCUCCAUAUGCAAAUUCAGAAAACCAUUCAGUGCAGACUUUUUUGUUGCUGUUUAUCAUUCCUGAAAAUAGAUGAAAAUACUGUACAAUGUUAGUAUCCUUUGCUUGCUUUUAAGAUAGAACAAUGACUGUUCAUAAGUAGACUCAAACAAAGAAUUUACAAGGAUUCCUAGUGUAGGACUG